CCAAUGAAAAUCAGAAGAAGAAGAAGAAGAAGAAGAAGAUACGGCGCGCUGUUCAAUUGUUUGGCGUGGCUUGUGGUUGCUCGUCGCUGGAACGACAAAAUGUUGAAAGGUAGCAAAAAAGGGUGAGGCGGAGCCAUGUGUGAAUGUGUCAUGAGGCCUGUCAUGAGGUAUUUCAGCGUCUCUGAUUGGUCGUCUUACAGGUGGAGCAAAAGCAUUUACACACAGAGAAUGUCUCCAGUUCUUGCUCCUACUGAAGUUCCAUAUGAACCUGUGAUCUAAAGGUAACUCUUAUAGGACUUUCUGAAACACCAUGAAGUGGCUUUUAUGUCUUGGCAUCAUUGUGAUGGUUUACCUGCUGAUGCCGCAGUGCCAAGCCUUCAUCGUCAUAGAAUCGAUGGUGAAUGAAGCCCUGACCCUCCUGUGUAACUGCUCAGGAAACUGUCCAGUGGUUCAGUGGAUCCGCUUCAUUCCUGACAAAGCUGUCAUUGUUCAGAGCUGGAAGUGUUCAAAACAAAAGAAUUUUAAAGAAAGAUUUACACUACCAGGAGAUACCAGCAGAGGAGAUUUCUCCCUGAUGAUCAGUUCAGUAGCCUACAAUGAUGCAGGCUCUUACAUGUGCAGCUGUAAUGAAAAAUCAGUGACAGAAGUAAAGCUGAAAGUUAUCAUUCCGACAGUUGUAAAGGCUUUCGAGGGGAAGAACGUCACUCUCCCGUGUUACGGAGACACUCGACAAGUCGUUAAAGAUGUAAAGUGGAAGAAAGAUGGACACGAGGUUCUGCUGUACACUCCUGCAAACAGAUGGAUGACUAAACAAAACAGAUUCACGAUGUCAGUAGAAGGCUUUCUAGACGGUGAUCUCUCUCUUCACAUCAGUCCAGUUCACCUGUCUGAUACAGGAUUAUAUCAGUGUCUCAUCCACGAUGAAUCUCAGGACGGAGAACCACAAGCUGUGUUACUGAAGGUAGAAGGGCAACAACAAUUCACAACCGCCAACAGCGCUCCAGUUUCAGGAUGGUUUGCACUGCUGGGAUUGUUCAUCUCUGUAGGGAUCAACAUCAUUUAAAUUACAUGAGAAAAUGCUGAGACCAGAUGUAAUCCAAGCCUGCAGGAUCUUUCUCAUCUCACACUGUUGUGUAUUUGCACUUUAUGCUGCAAUCUUAUGUACUGUUACGUGUUGCACAAUGAUCCUGGAGUUAUUUUUGUUAUAGCAUGUACUGUAGCUGUGAUGUGUGAAGGGAUUGAUUAAUGUUUAUUUAAUGUCUCCUGUUUAAACUUGAACAGUUAAAUUAAAUGAAGAGGAAACAACAGUAUUUAAACGUCUACACAAUGACAUUUUGAAAUGCUGGAGCCACCACAAGUGUUUUAUUUCCUAUGUUUUAAACCAUAUUUAAACAUGCAGGUACUGUAUAAAGAUAUGGUUUUAUGACGAUAAAAGUGACAAGACGUUCUGUCCUAAGUCUAAGCCAAAACCUGCUGAUCAAAUUAUGAAUAUGUUGAAACGUAGAGAACAUUUGUAUUUGUGUGAUAUGAUCAUAUUUGCAUACAUGUUGUAUAAAGAUGCAAAUAAUUCUGUAAUUGACUGUCUGUAAUGAUUGCUUAUAAGAAUUUGUUUAAAAGUCAUAUUUUGGAUCUUAUUUAUAUUAAUUUUAGAUAUUUUGAAUGCAUAUUUUAAUCACACUAACAUGCAGGUUUUUUGUUUAAAAUGGUUUUGUAUGUACUUUUUCCACUAGAUUGCACAAAUUCUGGUUUGUAUUAUUAAUAUAAAUCUGUUUCUCCUCUCCUCCUUUUACACCUCCUCCUUUUAGCUAAGUAAUGCCUAUUUUCUUCAACAUACUGUACAACAUUUUUUUUCAAAGAACAAAUUAUAACCUUAUCUUAACACAAUAUUACAGUUUCUUUCUCAAAACUAACUUAUAUUCAACCUAUAUUAUAUAUUCAACAUGCACAUUAACAUUUCCCUUCUUUUAAUAACACUCUUAUUCAUCCAUCUGUCCUUGUGUUUGGUCCCUUACUCAGUUAACUAUAAGUUCAGUCUGUCUGGGAUUUUGUAAUCCCUGCCUGCUCUAGAAACACCUCCUGUGGGAUGAACGUGUUUUCACAUGUCUCCACAGUACCCUCUAUCAGUCCCAAUAA